GUGCGUUAGUUGAUUGUGAACGUUGCUGCUGGUUGGAACGUCCGGCCGCAUGCCGUUUGGGGUUUGAGCGUUUUGUCGAUGUUGACAUCGUAGUAAGGCCGCUCGUCCGUGCGUACGCGGACGGGUGGCUUGUGUUUACACAUGGCGUGUGAAUAGUUUGCCAGUUUGUGAUCGAAAUUCCUUAUGGACUACACUAAGUGUGAAGUUUGGUGACAUCGUUUGACAUGAAACGAUCGGCAUUCAUCUAUUCAAUAAUUAGAUCAUUUAAACCUGCAUCGUUAUACGUGUCAUAUGUUUAAUGUACCAAUAUUAAACCAUUCAACACAACACUUCAAAUACCUGGAUAGCUCAACCAUAAUUCAAUCUUUAAAAAAAUCAAAAUUUUACAAACUUCUGGCCUAACGUAAUGCGAGAAAUUGAGCUAAUGAACAAAAUUGAUACAGCUCAUCCAGUUUUUCCACUCUCGCGCAUUAAAAGAAUAAUGAAGAUUGACGAAGAGGUGCCAAAUAUAGCCUACAAUGUUAGCUCCCUAUUAGCGAAAGCGAGCGAAAUAUUCAUCCAGGAAUUGACACUGUGUGCAUGGCUGCAUACUGAAGCUAGCAAUCGGGCAACGUUAACGCGCAAGGACAUCGCGAAGGCCACUGAAAAGUAUGAGCAGUUUGAUUUCCUCAUGGACAUUGUACCGCGAAACAAAAAUGAGGCGGAAAAAAGCGUUGUUGAUAUGGAGGAUACGCAAGACGAGGACAGCAGCGAGGAAGAGGGUUGCACAAAUUGUGCAAAGGAAGGGACCAGCUGCGAGCGACCACAGUGUGGCUUCCAGCAGCCAGAAAUACAGCCUCGGAAUGUUGAGAGUGAAGCAGAGGGCCUCGCAAACGAUGAUACGGUGACACAUGUUAUACCAAUUGUUGUACCACAUAGUGGAACAGUUUCAACCGAGGAGCCUAUCAAUCAAACACUUCAACUGUUUUUGCAAAUAAUAACACCGACAGGUGAAAUAUCGCAUGUACCGAUCACGAUACCUCAAGACAACCUGACCAUUACAGAAGUGGUUGAUCCCGAAGCUACGCCAAAUUAUAUGUGAUGGAAUGGCAUACAGACGACACCGACUGUUAUUUUUGCAUUCAACAAAUUUGGUCAUUUAUCGAAGAGUUUGCAUAAAGCAAUAUUUUACAGCGAGUUUUUUUAUUUUAAAUUGGUAUAGACUAUAAAAAAUACGGCUUAGCCAUACAAGUGCCUUAAAAUGUUAAAAUGUCCUCUUACUGAGAAUCCUUUUCUUUAUCCUAAAAUUUUAGUUUUUACACAUGUUUAUGAGAAUUAUUUCGAUUUUUUUACAUUUGAUACCAUUUAAAAGUAAAGCCAUUAUAUUAUAUUUAAAUUACUAUCAUUUAAACAUAGAAUUUGGGAUAUUUAAUCAUAUUUACAACCAAAAAUAUGCAGAAAUUGAGAAUUUAUUCAAACUAGGGUAGGAAACUACAUUCGUUAUAGAAAAUCAAAUUACAAAAAAGCAAUUCAAACGUAUGAAAAAAAAAAUCACGCAUAUUCAAAAAGUAUUAUUCAUUACGGAAUGUAAGACCACUUAAAGUGACAGUGUAGCAGCAGAACAAGCAUAUGCAACCUAGGUUAGUGUUAGAUUGUACCGAAGAAUCGCGUGAAACUAUUCCUUGUAAAGAAGUAUGUUCGCAGAAGGCCAUCAAUCAACAUAGCAACACGUUUACACAACUACAAUAGCAAUCGUAAGUAAGGUAGAUCAUGAUCACGGUUGAAGAUUUUUGAAAAUUUGUAAAGAGUAUUGAAAGAUGCAGUUCAAACAAUGUGAUUGCUUUUCGGUAAGAAUUUCUAAAGCUACACCUUUUUAAAUAGCAAAAUACUAAAAUAAUACGCACGGAAUCCUUUUUAAACGGAAUAAAAUUGCUUCAU